AUGAGCGGCUGGGCGGGCAAGCAGGUGCCGUCCUUCGACGUGACGAUGGUGAGCUCGAACGGGACCAUCGGCGCGAAGAUGCCCCUGAGCGCCAUGCUGGGCAAGCCCCUCGUCAUCCACCUCUACAACGGCGGCUGAGGCGGCUGCCGGCCCUGCGCGCAGCAGAUGGACCACUGGCAACGCGCCUACGGCGCGGGCGCCCUGUUCCUCUGCGUGUGCGUGGAGUCGGCAUCGGUCGCGAAGCAGUUCAGCCAGAUGUUCUUCAAAGCGGCGACGAACUGCUUCGUGGACGAGUGGCGGGGCCUCUUCCCGGCGCAGCUCGGCUGCAGCGGCUUCAUCGUCAUCGACGCCGAGGGCAAGUUCGUGACGACCAAGUCCAUGUCGUUCCUGGACUACCGCGAGCGCGCGUUCCGCGCCGUCGAGCAGAUGAUCGCGCCGAUGCUCGCCGCGCCGGAGGACGACGCGUUCCCCGUGGGCGCCGAGGUCGUGCUUCGUGGUUUGGCCAAGGCGCCGGAGCUCGAGGGCGCGCACGGUAUCGUGGCGCAGACGCCCGUCGACCUGAAGCGCAAGGGCCGCGUCGCCGUCACCGUCGGCGGCCGCGCGGGCCGCACCGUCGCGCUCCGCGUCGAGAACGUCGCGCUCGUCGGCGACGCGCCCGAGCUCUUCGACGAGGCCGGCGACGACGAGGACCCGAAGCGGCGGAAGACCGCCGGCGGCGUCCGGCCGCUGCCCAAGGUCGGCCACGCGGAGAUGGACGACGAGCACGCGGAGCUCACGGCGCUCCUGGAAACGCUCGCGAGGGACCGGUCCCUCGAGGCGCUCGCCGCCGUGCGCACGGAGUUCGCGGAGCACUCGGCGCACGAGGAGGCGCUCAUGGCCGAGGUCGGCUUCGGCUGGACCGGGCCGCUGUCCGCGCUCGCGUCGCACGCGAAGGACCACGCGCGCAUCGUCGCCUUGGCGGACAAGGUCGCCGCCAAGGGCAUCGCCAAGGCCGUCCACCUCGUCGCGCCGGAGGACAUCGCCGCGCUCGGCGACGCGAUCCACGACCACGCGCUCCACUUCGACCAGCUCUACGUCGACGCUGUCAAGCGGGGCCCCAAGGUCGCCUGCGCCGGCGGCUCCUGACAC